AUUUAGCUUGUGCGCGGUUCUGCGCAACUAGCGCCCUUUCAGCUUCCCCUGUUUCUUCCUGCCCUGCACGAUCCUUCUUCUUCUUCUUCUUCUUCUUUGUCCUUCUGUUUCAACUUCUUCAUCAGUCUUCAUAGCUCCUGAACUUGACUCCUUAGACAUGGAAGCUCUCGUCAGAGAGAGAAGGGAGUUCAUGGCCCCACCAUUUCAAGAGCAAGACACCAAACCCAUCCUCAGAGCCGGCCAUUUCCUCAAACCCACCGCAACCUCCUAUUCCGAUGCACAACCCCCCAGCCCUCCUCCACUGUCACUCUCUUCUUCUUCACCUCCUCCUCCUCCCCCACCAUUGAAGCUCGACUUUCCUGCCUGGAGGAACCCGCCGAAGUGUUGGAAGAAAUGGGUCGAGCUGAUGGAACCCGAGCACUCCGCAACUUGGCAAAGGGCCGGCCUUUUCGAAGCAGUCAAGGCUUCCGCGGCAGCACCAGUCGUGAAAGACCCGGACUUGAUUAUCGGGAUGGCUCAGAGGUGGUCCCCUGAGACGAACACGUUUGUGUUCCCGUGGGGUGAGGCGACCAUCACGCUCGAGGAUGUGAUGCUCGCAGGGGGAUACUCCGUUUCAGGCUACCCUGUCGCUGGUCGGGCGGAGACUGAAGAGAUGGUCGGGAUCGAGAUGAGGCUGAACCAGGCUUGGUCCGAGCUCAGAAAAGGGAAAUCUAAGAAGGCGUCUGAUUCUCCUUGGAUGAAAAUGUUCAUGUCAAGCGGGAGCGAGAUCGAACACGAGGCUUUCCUCGCCUUGUUUGUGUCCCGGUUUGUUUUCCCAAGAUCUUUGAACGUCAUCUGUAAAAGCUCUUUGCCCAUUGCGGUACAGUUGGCUCGGGGGAAAAGAAUCGCGCUUGCACCGGCAGUACUAGCUGAUAUUUAUACGGACUUAAGUCAGUUGAGGAAUCAGAUCGAUAGUUUAGCCGGAGGGCGGAUCAAGGUAGAUCGUGACAUCGCAGACGCAAAGCUCACCCUGUGGGCACCAUUUCAGUUGGUGCAGGUCUGGGUUUGGGAGAGAUUUCCCAAGUUGAGGCUGAAUCCCAACCCUUUCCGAAAGGGUGAGCCGACCAUCACCCAGUUGGUCAGACUCAAGAGCCGCAACUUGGAUAAUGUUGGGAUGGCAUUGGACUCAAGUGGCAGGAGUUUCCAGUGGCGCCCCUACUCUGAUCAUGGCUCUGAAGAGGAACUGAAAUCAUCCGCUCGGUGCUUAAUUGCCUGUGGAUUGGAAGGAAGUCGGAAAAAUAUCGAAUGGUACCAUCCCCAUCGUGCGGCGAUGCAAUUUGGUUUGGACCAAGAUUUGCCCAGUUGGGUCAGGCCGAGCAGCAUUGAGAAGCCACUUGGUAAUGUUAGAAUGUAUGUCCCAUCCCAUCUACCUAAGCCGGGUGUCACAGCCAGAUACUUGAGUUGGUGGGAGGAAUCCAAGUCGGGUUCAGGAAAUGCAGAUCAUGAUGCUGUGAAGUCUGAAAGAACCUCGAAGAGUUCAAAAACGAGCUUAUGGAAAUGUAUGGAAGAAAAAAACCUCUCCGCUCCUCCAGGUUUUAAAAGGAAGUGGAAUGAACCGGAUUCUGGUGGAUCUUCCAAUGAAGAGAAGCUCAUGGUCUGGGAGUUGUUGAGAUCCAGGAGGAAGGACAAAGGCGUUGUGAGGAAUGAAAAUGGCCCGGCUAUUGAAGGAUCGGGAAGAGCCAUGGAAGGAUCAGGUUAUGAUCAGAGUAAAAAGAGAGAGACUAUUGGUGAAGAUGAUGGGAAAGAAAGGAGGAAUCUUUCAGCAGCAGAGAUGCAGAUUAAGGAGCUUAGAGCUCGAGUUAGCAAGGCGGAACAAGAUAUCAAGGUGCUUAAACUGAUGUGCCUGCAGAAAGCUCGAUAUACAUCCCAUUGUCAUCAGGCUGUUCAAAAACGUAGGUUUAUCUUUUCGAUAAUGAACUCUAAAGCCAGUAAUAGUGUAUUUGCAUACAAAGGAUUGAACUUGGAGCAGGUGAUCUUAUAUCAAGGUGAAAUGAAAGUGAAAGGGCUUGGAUCUCGGGUGAGCUGGGCAGAACUGGUCAAGUUCCGCAGCUGGAAGAACCCAUCGUCGGAAUGGAAGAGGUGGGCCGCUCAAAUGGAGGGGAAGCACGGAGCAACUUGGAAGAAAGCUGGCAUCUUGGAAGCCAUAAGAGCUUCAACGCACGAUACUCUAAGGAAAGAUCGCGACUUGCUGCUCUCUCUGGCGCAGAGAUGGUCCCCGGAGACGAACACGUUCAUCUUCCCGUGGGGUGAGGCUACGAUCACACUUGAGGAUGUGAUGGUGAUAGAGCCUACUCUGUUCUCGGCUACCCCGUUUUCGCCCCUAUGGAGACGGAGGAAAUGGGACCUGAGUGUGUUGAAGAAGGGGAUAGUUAGGUCUGCCCACUCCACAAGGAACUAUCACACUGAUGAUGAGAAUGAUGAUGCUUUGACGUUCAACCUCUGGGCACUCCCCCCAAAACUCCCAAACUUGGGGAAGCUCUUGGACUCCAGUAUAGAUAGCUUCCAGUGGUGCCCUUAUGCACGUACCUCAGAAAAUCCGAAGCUGCACAAGUUCCAUCCUGAAAAUGAAAUGCGGAUUUCAGUUGGCAGCGAUACUGAUGGUGAACUGCUCUCGUUCACUAGGUUCUUGAUGCCAUGUGAGUUGGUCGAGUUGGGCAAUUGUUUUGAGCAGUACCUACCUCAUCGCUUAGCGAUGCAGUUUGGGAUGGACCAGGAUUUGCCUUCUUCUGUCACUCUGCCCCAUUUGGAUCCUAAGAUUGCUGUGACCACUUUCGAUAGGCCGAUCACUAACACGAAAGUCUACAUCCCACCGCGUGUUAACCAGGCAGGGGUUGCAACCCUCCACUCAAAAUGGUGGGGAGAACCAAAAACGAGUUUAAAAGGAUGUCGGGCAUUUAAAAAAGACUCCUGAGAGAUCAAAAGUGUUGUUGACUAAUAAUGUGCAAAAGAGGAUGAAAGGGAUCGCAUUCUCUGUUCAUCCUGGUUUCGAGCGGAAAUUGGGUGAGGUCGAAGUGCUGGAUUUGGAUGAUUCUUCCGAUCCUGAGGGUUCAAAAGUUUAGAUGAAUAAUGGGCAAAUGAAGAUGAAAGGGCUCAAUUUCUCCGUUCCUCCUGGUUUCGAGUGGAAAUGAGGUCAGGUCGAAGUACUGGAUUUGGAUGAUUCUUCCAAUCCUGAGGGUUUGAAAGUGUUGAUGCCUAAUGGGCAAAUGAAGAUGAAAGGGCUCAGCUUCCCGUUUCCUCCUGGUUUUGAGCCGAAGCAGAACGAGGUCAACAUACUGGACUCAGGUGACUUUUCUGACGGUCCAGGAGUGCUGAUGAGUUGUGAGCAAAGUAAGAUCAAAGAGUAUGAGGUACUGUACUCGGAUGACUCUUCUGAUGAAGAUCACUUGACAAUUGAGCAGCUCCUGAAGAGACAUAAGAGGGACACUGUCGGCAAUUUUUCAGGUGGUGAAAGUAAGGGUUCUCCGGUUCACCAUAUUGCGUCUGCGGCUGCAGAUAAUUCACCCGUUCGAAGGGGGAUGCCGCCAGUGGAAAAUGUUCAGAUGAUUGUGGAAGAUGAGGCAGCGACUGAGGGAUGGAGGAGAACAAAGGACAAUACUGGUGAUCUGAGGGAAAGAGGGGAUAGAAUUGCCGGAGCGACACAAUAAAAGCAUUUUCUAUUCUUUUAUUAACUGAUUUAUGUAUCGGAUUCCAUUCACCCCAUGGUUGGGAACUUACAAUUGGCUAUGUCUACAAAGAUUUUGGAUUUGCUCAUAACGACCAAAUUAUAUCUGGUCUUGUUUCCACUUUUCCAGUCAUUGUAGAUACAAUGUUUAAAUAUUGAGUCUUUCGUUAUUUAAAUCGUGUAUCUCCAUCACUUGUAGUGAUUUAUCAUUCAAUGAAUGAUUGAUCCAACUA